AUGGAUACCUUCAUAAUUCAAAAAAAGAGACAUGGUUUUCGAAUGACCAAGUUACAUGGAGAAAUGAGAACUAAUGAUCCAGUAGAUGUCGACUUAUUUAUCGAAAAAUUCAUAGAAAUAUCAAAGAGUUAUAAUGCCGAUCAAAUUUAUAACUUGGACGAAACGGGAUUGUAUUACAAGCUGAUUCCUUCGAAGAGUAUUUGUAGAAACAGAUUUCAAGGAUAUAAAAAUUUCAAAGAUCGUGUUUCUAUUAUGCUAUGUUCAAAUAUGAGUGGAAGUCAUAAAUUGAAACCUGUGAUGAUCUCGAAACCUAAAAUGCCAAGAUGUUUUAAAUCUUAUGACUAUAAAUGUUUCAUUGAUUAUUAUAGCUCAAAACGAGCUUGGAUGACAGGAACAAUUUUUACUAACUGGCUAUUAAACUUUGAUUACCAUCUCAAAAAUGAAAAAAAGCAAAUUUUACUUCUCAUGGACAAUUGUCCUUCACAUUGUGUUCCAUCAAAUUUGGAUAACAUAAAAAUAUUGUUUUUUCCUCCAAAUAGUACUGGUCUUAUUCAACCUAUGGAUUUGGGUAUAAUAAAAACAUUUAAAACACAUUUCAAAAUUGAAAACGACCUCCUAAAAAACAUUGAGAACGAACAUUAA